CAUCGGGAAAAUGGCGGUUCAAUUCGCCAGCUUCGUCAAAAGAUUGAAAUAUUUCUCAUCACUUUCGCCUUUAUAUCAAUGGAUCUUUUAAUUCAAAAGAAUGGCGGAACCCAGAAGAUUGCAAUUUACCACUUUGGAUAAUAACAAAGAGACUACAAACUCGGAAACCCCUGUGUGUACUGCACGUUUCGUGCUGUCUCUCAAAGAAUCCACCGACGAAACAUGCUCGGAGUUUUCUUACACGGAAUUACUGAAAAAGCAUUCGUCUUCUAAGAAUGGAGUGCGUAAGGAAAAGUCCUCAGAAGACGGUACAGACAAGGCGAGGAAUGACUUGUCGGGGCCGUUUGGAGAUGAAGAUGACCCAGACGAAGUGGCAAGCAUUGCCCGACAAUUUGAGGAGAAAUAUGGCCCAAAGCCAGGAACAAAAAAGAAGCGACCAGUGAUAGAGAUGGUGGACUUAGGAGAGGGAUACGAUGAGAACGAUCCUUUCAUAGACAACUCUGAGGCCUAUGAUGAGUUGAUGCCUUCAACAUGGACGACACGUCUAGGUGGAUUCUACAUCAAUUCAGGAAAGCUGGAAUUCCGAGAACUGUCCGACGAUUCCAUGGAAGCUUUUCAAAAGUCAGCUCCACUCCAAAAAAAGAGGAAGAAGCAGGUAAUCGCCUCAGACUCGGACUCUGAAAAGGAAGAAAAGACAAAAGAAAACAAAAAAGUUGUAGUUAAGGUGAAGAAGAGAAAGUUAAAAGAUGGCAUGGAGGGUGAAGAAAAGAAGCGCAGGAAGAAAAAGCUGAUGAAUGGAGAAGGCAUAGAAAAGUCAUUUAAGAAACCUAAAAAACCAGAAGAAAAAGAGAAACUGAAAAAGAAGAAAUUGUCGCCGACAGUGGGUGAACUGCUGAAACAACAGACCCAGUCGACGGCCACACCUACCUCUAUAAGUAAUGAUCUGAACUCAGACAGCCAGGAAAGCAAUGAUUCUUCUCAAGAUGGAAAGUCGGAUAAAGUGUCUAUGGAUAACAUGGGCGGUAACAACAAGGACGAUUCCAACAGUAGGGAGGCUGGGGAGACCAAGACUGUAGAUCCUUCACAGAUUCCUAAACUUCCCCAAGGAAUUCCACAGCAGCUCGCAGACACCAUAGAAAAGUUAAAAGAGGCUGCUAAACACUCGCAGGACGGCAAGUGUAAAUUCUUCUCCAAUGAUGUCAACUCCAUGUUACUGAAAGUGGAGUUACAUUGUCGACAAUUACCAUGUGGUCACCGUACAACCAUCUACGCUCACCUAGCCUCAUUCCUGCCCUGUGGAAAAGAGACUCUACAGAAACGUGCCAAAAAGUUACGCAUCAAUCAACAAGACGAUGUGGUCAGGGAACCCCUUCAGAAACUCAGGGAUGCUGUCAAUGCCAUGAUGCCUUCUAUGCAGGAGAAACAUGAAGCAGAGUAUCAAAAGUGGAGCCAGCAAAAGAAAGAAGCAGAAGCUGCUGAAGGAAACAAAGAAGGUGAAAAGGAAAAAGAAAAAGAGGAAAAGGAGAAAAAUAACAGUGAUGACAGUGACGAGGAGAAAGGCCCAGAGGCACCUGGAGGAAAGAAAAGAGUGAAUGGGCCACGGAAAAAGUUUGAGUGGACACAGAACUUACGAGUCCUGCUCUGUGAGGUAGUGAGGUGUAAGAUGAAGCUUUGUGAGCUAGCCAAGAACAAGACAGAAACCAACGAGGAAUACCUCAAGUCGUUCUUGGAGAGUGAAGUCAAACCUCUCUGGCCUAAAGGCUGGAUGCAGACCAGGAUGUUGUUUAAGGAGAGCAGAUCCGUACAUUCGAGUUGGACUAAUCCACAAAAACCAAAAAAGACUGUGAUAAUUACUAAAUCCUUGCCUGGUUCAGCAUCCAACACUCCUACGAACUCUCAGGCCCCACCUAAAUUGGGGACGGCAACCGAUGCCACACCUACCCGCCCCAGGGACAGUAACUCAGUGUUGUUACCUAAUACCUCAUCUUCUAGCGUGCUGGACUUCAAUAGUGGAAGGACACUGAGUAAUAACACAACCCCGUCAUUAGUACCGCCUGUAAGUAAGAAAUCAGGAAGUAACACCUCAGGAACUCCAAAUUCCAGCUCUUUUUCCACUAGUCCAGGUCUCUCCUUGUUGGCCGAUUCUGCCGCUAGUGCUCGAUCUAUAGACAUGCCUCAGGAACGAUCUUGGGAUCAUGUUGUGUCGGAUAUUUUGAAGUCUUCGUUCAUUCCUUCACCAUCCUCAAGGGACACUGACAAAUCAGGUUUAUCUCUUGAUUCCAAGGUCAAGGCCACCGGUGUAGGUCAAGGCCAGGAUCAAGGUGGAGCAGGGUUUCUUGCUCAAGUUAAAAAAUAUGCCAGUGAAACUUCGAAACUCAAGGAAUCUGAUUCAGGCAGUACAAGUAACGCUACUUCACCACAGAAACAACACCAAGUGCAGCAGCAGCAACGGUCAAAUUUAACACAACAACAAAAACAGCUUGUUCAGAAGAUACAGAUCGCUGCCUCUCAAAGACAAGACAAAUCAUCCCCUUCACCAGCUCACCAGUCGUCUACUACAGCCAAAUCUGUUCUCAAUCAAUACUCCAUAACUCCCCAACAAAAAGCAACCAUGUCUGCUCGACCUUCUCUCACCCCGCAACAGAAAGCUGCCAUUUCUGUUGGAUCAUCUCUCUCCCCCCAACAGAAAGCUGCCAUUUCUGUUUGCUCAUCUCUCACCCCACAACAGAAAGCUGCCAUUUCUGUUGGCUCAUCUCUCACCCCACAACAGAAAGCUGCCAUUUCUGUUUGCUCAUCUCUCACCCCACAACAGAAAGCUGCCAUUUCUGUUGGCUCAUCUCUCACCCCACAACAGAAAGCUGCCAUUUCUGUUGGAUCAUCUCUCACCCCCCAACAGAAGGCAGCUUUCCAGUCUACUGUGGCCUCCCACAGCCCCCAGUCAAAGCCCCACGGUUUGAACUUGGGACAGCAAACAUCAGCCACAUUAGCUCUUCAGCGGUCCCUCCUCAAUGAAGAAGUGUAUAGACAGUUACUGGAAGCUGACAAAUCCUUAUCUCCGGCCACUAACACAAUGCCUGUCAGUAGUAAAGCAUCACCAACUUCCAGUAUGGCAGGUCAGAAACACACCAGUGCUAAGGUCAUACCUGUGACUGUAUCAACCACAAAAAAUACACAGUCCAAGACUUUAACUAAAGUAAUUAAGGUUGGGGCGUCCAAUGGUGCUUCACCCAAAAUUAUUACAGUGCAUUCAAAAUCGCCAGCUUCUCAAGAAACUACGAAAUCUGUAUCGACUAGGCGUGUAUCUCCGACCUCCUUAUCCUCAUCACAGAGGUCACAGGCCAGAGGUCAAGGAUCAAUAACUACAGGGCAAGUUAGUGCACAGCAAAAUUACAAUUAUAAUUCUAAUUCUGGACAGAGUAGCAACAUUCAGUCAUCAAGUGAAUUCCUUCAGUCCUUAUUUGGUCAAGCCAGGGAGCAGAAUACUAAACACAGUCCUACUGGCCAGGUGUCGCGUACAUCUCCGCAGCAACAGGUAUCCAUAGCAACUGGAUCUCAAAAAAAUAAACAGCAACCACAACAGACUAAAUCCCCCCAGUCACCAAAGAUCUGGAGUAUGGGAUCCAUGGUUUCAAAUGUUGGUGGCCCACACAGCUCAAUAUCCAACAUUCCUGCCUACAGUCCAAUAACCACCUUACCUAAACCCGUGCCAGGUUACCAGAGUGUAGCACUGUCCAGUCUGAGUAAGGACAUGGGCGUCCAGCAGUCGCCAUACUUGGCUGGUAUCCAUAAAAACUAUUCUAAUGUACCAACAAGCCCUCUAACUGGUCAACAGCAAAACCCCUUAGCCAAUCAAACGUCUGCACACCAGUCCUCAGGGAUGUUACAUACCGUACCUCCCUAUUCUCCAGCCAGCCAACACCUCUCUUCUCUACCCUACGGACAGUACACAGAUAAGUCGAGGACUCCACAUGGGUAUUGAGACAAAUGACGUGGAGACUUCUACAGCUGGGCAAGGAAUAACACAGUUGUCUCCCUUCCAUUCAUUGGUGGAUUGAAAAAGUCAUCGUCGUAGAAACAUCGACCAUCAUUUCCGAUGUCAUUGUAAUAUUUCUCUUAGUUAUCCUGAUAUCAAAUAUAACAACAACCAUGGAUGUUUUGGUGAAUGAAUGUAAGCUGAUGUUCAUUGAAUAUCAUUCUUGGUAGAUUUUAAAAUAAAAACCAUUAAAUACCAAAUAUACAAUAUAGUAGAUCAUCCACAAAAACCCACGAGACUCCGCUCUGUUGUUUGAUUUAUGGACUCAAAAAACAGAGCCGAGCUUCACCUGUUUCCAAUGGUGAUAGUAGAUGUAGAAAUGAUAACCACAUUAAGUCCAUGUUAUAAGACGAUACCAUACAUUCAUUGUAUACAAAUGGUUUGGUGAUAUGUUGAUCUGUAAAGUACACAACUUCAGCCAUACCUAGAUUGAAGUUGUGGCUAUUUCUGAGUAUAUUUCUCAAUUCUGCUGUGGCUCGGACUGACUGGGUAUGGAUAUUCUCGCCUCAGGAUAAACAACACUGAUAUUAACAUUCACAGGAAUAUCCUCAGCAUUUCCUACGUGUAACCAAUUGUUUUUAAGUCCAGUUGACUGUGUAAUUCAGGCUGUGUAUGUCCGGUAUUGAUGUGAAGCAUGACUUGGGUAUUACCCAGUAGAUUUCCUACUCUGUGGUUGUGGCACAUUGACGUGAUCCUUCGUCGACUAUUUCCUUGUUAGAAUACAUGUAAAUCGUACUCCACUGUCCGUCAUUGUCGUCUCCAUAAAUGUUUUUACUGACUAUCCAUAUAAAAAAUGGAAAUCAUUCACGAGGCAGCUAGAUUUCCUCUAUCACUUCUGUAUACAUGUCUGACACAGUUACACAUCAUAUUGAUGUCUGUCACAAAGUUUAUCAAGAAUCAUGUUAUUUCAUCAUUUUGUAUUGAAGAGGUUUCAAGUAUAGUGAAAUUGUCCUUGUCGUUAAUGUAUUCAGGUAGUUGUCAGGUAGUUGCUACUUUUCAUGUGGGUUCAGACUUUCCUGGCAAUCUUAAAAUACAAUAAAUGCAGGUCACACAUAUCGCUUGAAUGUAGCAAUGAUAUUUUAGCUGGUAAGAUUAAAUUCCCGGCUUACACAAAAUUGAGGGAAAUUAAAGUAAAUGCUCACAGUGUUGAAUAUUGAUUAUCUGUUUAGAUUUUCUUUGAAAACCAUUUUUUUCUUUCAUUUAUAUUUAUAUUAGUAUUUUUUAUGAUUAAGAACAUUAUCACACAUUUUAGUAAAAAAAAAAAAAAAAAAAAUUGUCGCUGUUGCCAGCCUAGAAGCCUUAGAAACAGACUUCAAUGAUCAUAUCUGACUGUGUGUGUACCAUUUGAUCAUCUCUAUAAUACUACCAUUUGUAGUUCGGGAGUAAGGGUUAAACUAGUAUGAGUAACCUUACUCUGUCUCCUUCGUCCCAUCUAACAAUACACAAUACAUCUCUAAUUAAGACUACAUUAUCACAUCUAGAGUUUAACUGAUUUAUAAGUUGUCAAGUUAUGAAACCUGACAUCUUCUUGGAGUAAAAACAAAGAAGAAAGACUAGGCCAUUUCCAUUUUAUAUCAUGAUUCAAACGUUGAGACUAGUUGGACCAGAGUUUGUGAAAUAAUUACAGAAACAAACAUUUGUGGCAUUAUACUAUUUAAUAGUGUGUUCUGUUAUACAGAUUUUUAUAUACAAUUUGUAUGGGCUGUCCACUUACUUCAAACGUUUUCUGAUUAAGUGUUAUGUUGGUGAGAAAUCAAAAACAUCAAAUGUAAUGUACCGGAAAGGACAAAAUAUUUAUUGAACUCUUUCACAACUAUAUAUAUAUGUGUAUAUUUUGUAAAUUCUGGUAAUGGACCUUGAACUGUUUCAUAGAUACUUUUGUGCAUCAAGUUACAUCCAAUGAUCAACUUUAUUAGACGUACAUCACUCUGAAACUUCAACUCACACAUUGUUCCCAGAGUUAUGUAGGGAUAUUAAUGGGUAUAAGUAUGUUUCAAAAUCAAAGUUUGAAUACAAAACAUUUCCAGUACUUCAGAAGCAACGACAUCUGUUGUAAGGUGGCAGACAGCUUUGUGGCACAGUCUG